AACCUUAAGUGUAACGAUUAUACAAAAUGGAGUCGUGCGAGUGGUAACAGACGAGUUCUGAGUCACGUAGUUUUGGCUCAAUAGCAUAAAACCACUGAUAACAAGAUGCACGUAAGAUGGAUGUUUUAAAGUUUGAUAUUUUUUUUGUUUCGUGUAUGAUUUCUCUAUACUUUAGUUAUCGUUUCUGUGAGGUUGCAAACAAUUAGUUUCAUUAUACAAGAUUGAGAAUUUUGAAACGAACUUCUGGUUGUACGUUGUUUUUGUUUUGUUUUUCUUCUAACCAUCCUAAUAAAUAUCUACUAUUAUUUUGAUAUUGGUUGAGAAGAUAUAGGAUAAUCUUAAUAAAUUUCCUAAUCAUUUUCGAACAUCAGUGCCGUAUAGUAGACCAUUACUGUUGAUUUUCAGUACAAUGAAAGAUUUCAGACUGUCAUCUUGGAAACUUAUUAGUACAUCCUUUGAUGCAUGUAACAGACAAACGUCCUCAAUACGACUACUUUGUGUAGUCGUGAUAGUUUUGGUUAACGUAUCAUUAAGUGUAUGUGUACCAGAGGACAAUGUAUUGAUCAUGAAUGAUGUUUCUCAUAUCAGAAAGAGAGCUUCACAGGAAACGAAAAACAAAAUGAUUCGAAUGUUAGUCUUGGCGCCAGAAGAUACAACAUACCCAUAUUCGCUCUUUAAAGUGUCAGCGGCUGUUUAUUAUGCAAUCGAUAAGUUGGAGGCACAAGGCAGCAACGGUCCUCUCGGAGGACGCUCAGUGAGAGCAUAUAGCAAAAAUACUAAAUGCUCCUCAACUUACGGUCCCUUAGCGGCAUUAGACUCUUACUACGCUAAUGAAGUUGAUGUCUUUCUUGGACCAUUUUGUCCCUUUGUCCUUAACCCUUUAUUUCUAUACACCGCUGUCUGGGAUAUUCCAAUACUAACUGCUGGAGGUCAGAAUGAAGAGUUUGUUAAAGAGAAAAAUACGCCUCACGCUCUUCUGACCAGAAUGAACGGAAUGUAUAAUCAAAUUGGUAAAAUGAUUCUAGAAUUUACUCGUAAGUUCCACUGGAAGGUAAUUGGGCUCCUCUACCAUGACGUUAAAAAUCGUAACAUAAAAAACUCUGACUGUUACUUUACUAUGAGUUCUAUCAGAUCAAAUAUUAUAAAGGAUGCGGUGGUCAGUUCAGAAUGGUUUGACGAAAACGAUUCAAACACAAAGUAUACGGAUAUUCUUAGGAACAUGGCCAAGCAUUCAAGGGCCUAACUGACGAGUUCUGGUAUUGUAAUAAAAGCCUAUUUGGCAGUGAUUUGUGG